GUGCCACUGUUGAAGAACUUGGACGAGACCAAGUUGCAGCGGAUAACUGACGUCCUCGAGGCACAGUUCCAUCCUGCCGGAGAAUGUAUCAUCCGACAGGAUGAACAGGCCGACAGCUUCUUUAUUAUCCAGUCUGGUGAAGUAAGUUACUUCAUCAUGUAA